AUGGCCUUCAUCUUGGACAGCGUGGGAGAGCUAAUAAAUGAGCGUAUGCACUGGUGUGAUGGGCCUAUCAUCAGCCCUGAUUUUGUGUUUGUUUUUGGCCCUGAUUUUGUGUUUGUUUUUGGCCCUGAUUUUAAAAAUCAUGUGUUCUUCUAUUUUCAGGUGUUUUCAGCAAAGAGUCAACUCCUUAUCCUUUUUAAUGUGAUGCUGACUUCCGAAAUCCUCGGGGCUAGAUGGUUUCCUAAAACUCUGCCUUGUGAUGUCACGGUGGAUGCUUCACACACUCAUGUGGUUGUGGACUGCACGGACAGGCGUCUGGUGGACAUUCCAGAGGGUAUCCCCGCCAACACCACCAACCUCACCCUCACCAUCAACCACAUCCCAAGCAUCUCUCCAACCUCCUUCGAAAAGCUGCACCAGCUGGUGGAGAUUGAUUUCAGAUGUAACUGCGUGCCCGUUCGACUGGGACCGAAAAACAACAUAUGCACCAAGAGACUACAAAUUCAACCUGAAAGCUUUAACAGUCUUUUUAACUUAAGAUCCCUUUAUCUCGAUGGAAAUCAGCUUUCGGAAAUACCUCGGAAUCUUCCUCCCAGCUUACAGCUUCUGAGCCUGGAGGCCAACAACAUUUUUUCCAUCACGAAGGAGAACGUGACAGAGCUGGCCAACCUAGAAAUCCUCUACCUGGGCCAGAACUGUUACUAUCGUAACCCUUGCAAUGCUUCCUUCUCCAUAGAGAAAGACACCUUCCGAAACCUGGAAAACCUAAGAGUGCUUUCCUUGAAAGAUGACAACAUCACAGCAGUCCCCACAGAGCUGCCGCCUAAUUUAACAGAACUCUAUCUGUAUAACAACAUCAUUACCAAAAUCCAAGCAGAUGACUUUAGCAACCUGCACAAGCUGCAGAUUCUUGAUCUCAGUGGGAACUGCCCUCGUUGUUACAAUGUCCCGUUUCCUUGUACGCCAUGUGAAAACAAUUCCCCGUUAGAUAUCCAUAUCAAUGCUUUCAAUGCAUUGACAGAAUUAAAAGUUUUACGUCUACACAGUAACUCCCUUCAGCAUGUGCCACAAGAAUGGUUUAAAAACAUGAAUAACCUAGAGCAGCUAGAUCUUUCCCAAAAUUUUCUGGCCAAAGAAAUUGGAGAUGCCAAAUUUUUGUACUCUCUUCCUAACCUCAUUCAAUUAGAUCUGUCCUUCAAUUACGAACUUCAGGUCUACCAUGCAUUUAUGAAUCUAUCGGAUUCAUUUUCAUCCCUCAAAAAUCUGAAAAUUUUGCGAAUCAAAGGAUACAUCUUUAAAGAGCUGAGCAAAAUGAACCUCUCUCCAUUACGUCAUCUUCAGCAUCUCGAAGUUCUUGACCUUGGCACGAACUUCAUUAAAAUCGCUGAUCUCAGCAUAUUUGAAGACUUUGAAAGAUUGAAACUCAUAGAUCUCUCAGUGAAUAAAAUCUCACCUUCAGGUGAUUCAAGUGAAGUCUGUUCCAACACCAGAACUUCUGCAGAAAGUCGUGGACCUCAGGUCAUGGAGACAUUGCAUUAUUUCAGAUAUGAUGAGUAUGCGAGGAGCUGCAAGUUUAAAACAAGAGAGAGUCUUUCUUUGGUGCCUCUCAACGAAGAUUGUCACGCGUACGGGCAGACCUUGGAUCUCAGUAGAAACAACAUCUUUUUUAUCCAGCCCUCUGAUUUUCAGCAUCUUUCUUUUCUCAAAUGUUUAAACUUGUCAGGAAAUAGCAUCGGGCAAACUCUUAACGGCAGUGAAUUCCAGCCUUUGGCAGAGCUGAAAUAUUUGGAUUUCUCCAACAAUCGGCUGGAUCUACUUCACUCAACAGCGUUUGAGGAGCUCUCCAAUCUGGAAGUUCUGGAUAUAAGUCAUAAUAACCAUUACUUCGAGUCAGAAGGCAUUACUCACAUGCUCAACUUCACCAAGAACCUCAAGUUUCUGAGGAAACUGAUGAUGAACGACAACGAUAUCUCCACCUCCACCAGCAGGACCAUGGACAGUGAAUCUCUUAGAAUUCUGGAAUUCGGAGGAAACCACUUAGACGUUUUAUGGCGAGAUGGCGAUAACAGGUACUUAGAGUUUUUCAAGAAUCUGUUAUCCUUAGAGGAAUUAGACAUUUCCAGAAAUUCCCUGAGCUUCCUGCCUUCGGGUGUUUUUGAUGGCAUGCCUCCCAAUCUAAAGACUCUCUCCUUGAUGAAAAAUGGGCUCAAAUCUUUUAACUGGGGAAAACUCCAAUCACUGAAGAAGCUGGAGGUGUUGGAUCUCAGUCACAACCAAUUGACAACUGUGCCCAAGAGAUUAUCCAACUGCUCCAAAAGCCUCCAGAAACUGAUCCUCCGGCACAAUCAAAUCAGGUACCUGACGGAAUAUUUUCUACAAGACGCUUUUCAGUUGCGACACCUGGACCUCAGUUCGAAUAAAAUCCAAAUUAUCCACCAGUCUAGCUUCCCGGAAAAUGUCCUAAACAAUUUGGACGUAUUGCUUUUGCAUCGUAAUCGGUUUCUGUGUACCUGUGAUGCUGUGUGGUUUGUGUGGUGGGUGAAUCGCACAGAGGUGACUAUUCCAUACUUGGCCACAGAAGUGACUUGUGCGGGACCAGGAGCGCACAAGGGCCAGAGCGUGGUGUCUCUGGAUCUGUACACCUGCGAGUUGGAUUUCACGAACCUGGUGCUGUUUUCCUUCUCCGUAUCCGUGCUGCUCGUCCUGAUGGUGGUGGUGAUGGCGAGUCACCUCUACUUGUGGGAUGUGUGGUACAGUUACCACUUAUGUAAGGCCAAGAUAAAGGGGUACCGGCAUCUGACAAUGAGUUCUUGUUACGACGCUUUUAUAGUGUAUGACACUCGAGACCCAGCUGUGACAGAGUGGGUUUUGGAUGAGCUCGUGGCCAAACUGGAAGACCCCAAAGAGAAACAUUUCAAUUUGUGUCUUGAGGAACGAGACUGGUUACCAGGACAGCCAGUUCUGGAAAACCUUUCCCAGAGCAUCCAACUUAGCAGAAAGACAGUGUUCGUGAUGACAGACAAGUAUGCAAAGACUGAGAAUUUUAAGAUAGCGUUUUACUUGUCCCAUCAGAGGCUCAUGGAUGAGAAAGUAGAUGUGAUUAUCUUGGUGUACCUUGAAAAGCCCUUGCACAAGUCCAAGUUUCUUCAGCUCCGAAAGAGGCUGUGUGCGAGUUCUGUCCUCGAGUGGCCGACAAACCCACAGGCCCAUGCAUACUUCUGGCAGUGUCUGAAAAAUGCACUGGCCAUGGACCAUCAUGUGGCCUACAGUCGGGUGUUCAAGGAAACCAUCUAA